UCUUUUCUGAUCAGGUUUUGAUGUUUCCAUGGUAGGUGACUGGGGACUCAAAACCUCCCUGCCACAAAGUGGCUGACAGCAAGUUGGCUUGUUUUGCACAGCAAAGAUCAGAGACUUGUCAUUCAAACACACACAUAGCACUCACAUUGAAAAGGUAACACUUUCAUAGGCUGAGGCAACAAUCAGCUGCUUAUAAAACUGAAACUAUUUAGGGCUUACUUGGGGCUUUGUGCCUCUAGAUGUGUAUUUACUGGGACAGCACAAGCAAUUACUUAUUAACCCUUACUUCCCACCAUCAUCUUCACCUUGCAAUUUCUGCCCUCAGUGAAAUAGUCCCAAAUAGCCAAACUUCCUGCCCAGUCUGUAAUACAGCACUCACAUCACUUCUUUUCACUUUGGCAGAAAAAUGGAGAGCCUGGCUCAGACUAUGAAUAUUUCCAAGAUGGCUCUAGAUGACAACUUCACUAACAGCUCCUUCGACUGUUCGAUUGAUGGCUUGAAACAAGUAAUUUAUCCCAUCAUGUACCUCAUUAUCUUCUUCCUGGGUGCUGUUGGAAAUGGUCUCUCCAUAUAUGUUUUCUUCCAGCCUUCGCAGACGAUGUCAGUAAAUAUUUACAUGAAGAACUUGGCUAUUUCAGACCUCAUGUUUGUGAGCACCUUGCCCUUUCGGGCUACAUAUUUCCUGUUGGGAUCGCGGUGGAUAUUUGGUGAUAUCCUCUGCAGGAUCGUGACCUACACCUUGUACAUGAAUAUGUACUGCAGCAUUUAUUUUCUCACCGUGCUCAGUGUGGUUCGUUUCAUAGCCAUCAUCUACCCGUUCAAACGUGGAAAAGUAACCAACGCAAAGUAUGCCAGAAUAACUUGCACAGCCAUAUGGAUCUUCGUGCUGGCAGCCACCAGCCCUCUGUCAAGCAAGGAAAUCGCUGGGUACAGCACCCCAGUCAAAUGCUUGGACCUACACCCCUUCAACACGCACAGGCUCCUCGUGAUGAACAGCUUUGUCCUCAUCGUGGGCUUCAUUCUGCCGUUUUGUACAAUUGUUGUCUGCUAUGUCUUUGCAAUCAGAGCGUUGCUCAAGUCCAGGACUCAGCAGAGCAAGAGGAUGCUUUGUCACAAGAAGGCACUGUCAACCAUCAUCAUCACUCUCAUUCUCUUCCUCCUCUGUUUCCUGCCGUAUCACAUACUGCAAACUGCCCACCUGAUGUACAGUGUGUGCAGCCAGGCCAGCCUGCCCGUGCACAAAGCACUGGUGGUCACUCUCUGCCUCGCUGCCACAAACAGCUGCUUUGAUCCCAUCCUCUAUUACUUUUCUGCUGAAAAUUUCAAAGCAAAAAUCAGAAGUUUGUUCUGCAGGUAG